AUGUCCAACAUCGUCGUCAGCAACGAGACGAAGAGCCAGUCCGUCCGCACUACCAAGGAUGGCAGGCAGAUUCGGUACAACCUCCAGGUCAUCCAGCAACCAGAGCGCGCCCGUGCCUGUGGUAGCGGCGCCAAGUCAAGUGCCGACCGGCGCCCAGUAGACCCUCCCCCAAUUGUUGAACUCCGCGUCUUCGAGAAUGACCAGGAAAUCACUUUCGCAUACAAUGCAAACUUCUUCCUGCAUGCCAGCUUGGAGAAUGCUCGUGCCAUCGCUCCGGGCCGCGCCCCGUCUUCGGCGGGACCCAGCUUUCCCGUCCUCACGGGUACUCCAGUUGCGGGCAUGGCCUACCUCGACCGCCCAACACCGGCAGGCUACUUUAUCUUUCCAGAUUUAUCAGUCCGCCACGAGGGCAAGUACCGCCUAAGCUUUGCACUUUUUGAGAAUUUGGCAGAGGUCAAGGACCUGGAUCCCGAGGACCCCGAUGUCAUCUAUGAUGGCAACCACUUUGUCACCCACCGCGCCGAGGUCAAGUCGGCACCGUUCACUGUCUUCUCCGCCAAGAAGUUCCCAGGACUGUCCGAGAGCACUGCUUUGAGCCGCAUGGUCGCCGAACAGGGAUGCCGUGUCCGUAUCCGUCGUGAUGUGAGGAUGAGACGCCGUGAGAACAAGUCGUCCAAGGAAUGGGAUGAGUACGGCGACGACGAGGGUGGUUACGAUCGCGCGCGGGGCACAGCGACGCCCGAUAAUUAUGGUCCUCCACCUAAUGCACCUCUUGAUGACCGUCCUCGCUCGGUAUCAAACGCUAGCAACCCUUCGCUAGCCCCGCCUCGCCGUCCAAGCAUGGAAGAGAUGGCACAUAGCUACCCAGCAAGCACUGGCUACCAACAACAGAUGCCCCCACCCCAGAACCCUGCAUACUCUCAGAUGCCGUCUUAUGGAUCCAACCACCAGUAUCCGCAGCAAUACCCUACUCCCCAACCGACUCCAACAAUGAUGCAACCCCCUCAUCCCCCACAGCACUCCGCCCCAUACUCGCAGCAGCACCCUCAACAUCAAAGCUACGCGAGCCAACAUCAAAGCCAACACCAGAGCCAGCCUACAAUGCCCAUGAACCAGCAAUACGGAUACUCCAACUACCAGCAGCAACAGCCACAGCAGCAUUAUGAGCAGGUCACCCCCACGCGCCAGGAACAAAUAGCUCCCGACUACAGUCACCCUGCAGAAUACCGUCGACCAUCCCUCACGCAACCUCCACCUCAGCAGUAUCCCGCUCCCAGUCACCCUAUGCAGUCCUACAAUUCCAUGGAUCAAUACAGUCGACCACAGCCAAUGAGCCAACCUUUGCAACCUCUCCAGCCUUUGCACACCUCGCCGCAAUCGUAUGCAUCCUCUGCUCCUAGCGGUAUGCAUACGCCCAGUCAUCAAGCACUGCCGUCUUUGAGACCUAUUGUUGCAGAGAAACUCGAGCCUGUCUCCCCGUCGUACCAAUCUCCACCUGGCAGCAUGUCCGCUACAAUGUCGGUCAACUCGGAUGGUUCUAACCAGAACUACGCAUUGCCCAAGUUCAACCCCCAAGCGCAAGGCUUACCGCCCAUGUCUGCUGGUAGCAACAAGCGUUCCUUUUCCAGCACAUUCGACUCUCGUCAUCUGAACGAUCGCAUGGUGGGAGGAAGUAGACCUCAACCCAGCGGGGCUGGCUACAACUACGAUCCCGAAUCCCCCGACAUGGAAGAGCCAAUGGAUCGGGCUGCCAUGAGCUAUAGGCGCGCAGAUGGAACGCAACGUCAACGUCAUGUACCCGAAGUCGGCGUUUGA